CGUCACCGUGGCAGACACAAGCGUUUAUAGCCAGCUGACACCCUCUGUACUUCGGAUUCGCUACUAGGCCCUCCAACUGAUCAUCCACCUCAAAACCACCUUGACGAGAACAGGGGAAGAUACUUCAAUUGCGCCUGCGAGCUGGAGAUGUUCUCUGUACUCCACAGUCUCAGCUAUGUAGGUGGUGCCGCAGCAUUCAUCUUCGUAACCUUGUCACUUGCCAGCGGUCUUCUCUGGCUCUCAGAGUUGAUCGAGGAGCAUUCACGCAUAGCCAAGGUAAUAGGAGAAAGGGCCAUCUACUUUAAUAUACUUCUCCAUUGUCUCUUGUACUUCACCGACUCUCUGCCGCUCAAGCACACGGCGUUCUCAAUCGCUUGCCAGAUAGUCUAUCUGCAGAACUUCACUCCUAGCUGGCCAUCGAUCUCCUUGUCGUCAUUCAGUUUCAUUCUGUCCUGCGUUAUGGUGAUCUGUAAUCACUUUACGUGGUUCUUCUACUUUUCCCACAUUUCGCAGGAGGCGAGGCACGCUGCUCGUCGUCCAUACGGGCAGCCCCGAAACACUCCACGAGUACCAAACUUUGGCGAUAUCGCGACCUUCUUUGGAAUAUGUGUCUGGUUCAUUCCAGUCUUCCUAUUCCUGAGCUUGAGCGCGAAUGACAAUGCUCUCCCUACAAACACGGGGCAUAGCAGUGUGCCCAACACUCCCACGGAUGCCAACAAGGCAUUCACACCAAUCUCAACGCGUCCUCGCGGCUCUCUGUUCAGGAGUCUAUACGAUACGAUGCCACGCGUGCGUCCUCGACCAACUCGCCGCGACACAUCCGAGGGUCUGAUCGCGCCCAGAUCCCCUAACAUGACGCCUCGCCCGGUGUCCCCCUCGCCGCUCCAGGCACCUACCACACAUCUGAAGCGUGUGCCCUCGAUGAACAAUUUGCCUCCACCCUUGCUCUCGCCGGGACGGAGGGUUUCGAGCGAGAGUGGCGCUUCCGAGACCUCAACAUUUGCAUCCGCGAACGAGGUCGACCAUUCAAAUAUUCGGAUAUCUCCGCUGAACCUAGGUAUACCGCCAAGGAGGCCAGCUACCUCGGGGAGGCCUUCUAAUGAAGGACGCCUGGAGAUGAGGAGAAACACUAGUUCUUACGAUUCUGGUACAAUAUGAUAUAUGUGGAUGGACUCGGCGCAUGUAGCUCUGGACACUUGCUACUGCUAUAGGGAUCGACUUGGGAGUUCUACUGUAGUUUACCUAGCGCUGUCGUAUGUACUUGGCGAGCUCAGAUCGGCCUCUCGAGUUCUAGCGCUACUAGGACUUAGGUCGUACUGACUGCCUAACCUGCAAAUCUCAGAUUACAUACUCUUUUUUUUUUUUUU